AUGGUAAGUCGCCGCGCCGAGGGUCGCAGCGGGAAGAUACUGACUGCAUCAGUCCUGCCCUUGCCUGAUGCCCCUGGUGGGCACCGGCUAGGGGUCAAUGGUCUCACCGUUGACCAUCAGAACUCCAUCCUAUACUCCGCGGGCCGCGACGGUGUCAUCUGUUCCUGGGACCUAGACUUCCCUCUCGCUCCCUCGUUCGCACCGUCCAACGGUCCGUCUACAGCUAACAAGCCCGGUCCAACCGGCUUCAAAACUCAGGUUCAAGCCCACAGUCAUUGGAUCAACGAUAUCGUCUUGGCACAGGAUAACUCCGCACUCGUCUCCGCCUCGUCCGACACGACUGUGCGACUCUGGCGCCCGCAUUCUGAGUCAAUCGAGGUACCCGAACGUAUCGGCAAACACACGGAUUAUGUCAAGGCCCUGGCUAGUCCAGGCAGCCACGCCAGUUGGGUGGCCUCAGGUGGUCUCGACCAAAAGGUUUACUUGUGGGAUCUCAACGGUGGAGGUGAAACACUAAGCAUCAAUGCCGGUGGCGAUGAUUCCACAGAUAAGGGGUCUGUCUACGCGCUAGGUGCCGUCUCGUCGGUGCUUGCCAGCGGCGGGCCUGAGAAUGUCGUGCGGGUCUGGGAUCCCAGGUCUGGGAAGCUGGUGACCAAAUUCGUGGGCCAUACCGACAACAUUCGUGACAUCUUAAUCAAUCAGACGGGCGAUACUAUUAUGACUGGGUCCUCUGACCAGACUAUCAAGAUCUGGUCGCUCACAGCGGGCCGGUGUAUGAAUACACUGACGAUGCACAAUGACAGCGUGUGGUCGCUUUAUUCCGACCACCCUGAUCUAUCUGUUUUCUAUUCCAGUGAUCGAUCCGGCUUGGUUGCUAAGACUGAUACACGAGGAUCGCCAGACCUGGAGCAGGGCACUUCUAUUGCCGCACUACAAGAGCACGAGGGUGUCGUUAAGGUCGUGGCGGCCGGAGACUACAUUUGGACCGCAACUCCAAAAUCCAGCAUCAACCGCUGGCGAGACGCAGAUACUACUCUUGAAAUCGAGGCGCCACCUGACCCAGCCCGCACGAUAGACUCUGCUGCCGCACCGGCAGAUCCGCCCAACGAGCAACCGAGGAAGAUCCCCUUCAAUGCAGUUUUGCAGCUGUCGGCAACAUCGAUCCUUGGGGGCUCGCGCAAAGCAAACACCUCGGAGCCUAACUUGGAGACCCUUGGCUUGACGAUUCCGGUUCAGUCAUUGCCUGAGGAAUCUAUUGAAGGCCAGCACGGCUUGAUCAAGUGUUUGAUGUUGAAUGAUCGGAGGCGCACACUUACUCAGGACUCGGCCGGGGAAGUUGUUCUCUGGGAUUUGCUCAAGUGUCUCCCUGUUCAAACCUUCGGCAAACGUCAUAUAGACGACGUUGCAUCUGAAAUAAACACCAUCGAUAGCAUCGCGCACUGGUGUGCGAUCGAUGUGCGCACAGGUAGAUUAUCCAUUAUUCUGGAGCCUAACCGUUGCUUCGAUGCGGAAGUCUAUGCGGACGAAACCGAUCUAUCCCCAUCUGACAUACCCGAGUUUAGAGAUGACCAAAGAAUCAAUCUCGGCAAAUGGAUCCUGCGUUGGUUGUUUGCUCCGGUUGUGGACGAGGAAGUCCGACAAGACAUUGAGUUCCGUCAAGCCGCCAUGGCAAAAGCAGAAGAACUCGCUCGCUCCAGCCAACAAAGUACGUCUGUGCCCAAUGAUGACAUUCCUCGCAGCGUUGGUAUUCCUAUCUCCAAUCCCCGUGGGACAUCCUUGCGUCCGGGAUCCGACUUCCCUGGAAGUCCAAGCACUGGGUUUGGGAUUAACAUCGGCACACCUUCAUCAAACUAUUUGAGCACAUCCAUGCAGAGCAACUCCCCGUUUCCCAUGUUCGAGCCGGAUACGCCCGAUGCCUCUGGUCCAGGAAAUUCUCAUCUUGAUGGUGGUCCAUCUUCCUUCUCGGAUAGAAGCGACUAUUUCUCAAACCGGCCUACACCCACACAGGCUCAACAGAAUGAGAAUGAUAAGAACCCUCUGUCACCGGUUGAUACAACUACAAACUCAGCUGUUCCCCAGUCCCCGGCAGAGCCUGACAAAGAAGAGCGGAAGAAGUCUUUAUUCGGGAAGAAGUUCCGAAUGGACUUCCCGAAGAAGCUCACUCGGACCUCUACUGACACCAAGCCUCAAAUAUUGGAAGAGAAGGCUGAAGAUACUGAAGUGUCUUCUAUUAAGGAAGAGAAGGUGUAUGAACCGAAUCUUUGUGGCGUAGUAGACCGGAUCCGCCAUGACUACGAAGACUUCUUGGCUUCUAAUGCAGAGCGAGAUUUGGAAACUUCCAUACUCCCUAGCGACGAAAGUGAAACACCUCGACUGAAUAUUCCCCCUCGGACUGCAGUGUUUAUCCAGGAAGAAACUGGGGACACUGCUGUUGCAUCUGACCUCUACAGGGGCAGUGUGGGCCACAUCAGCGAAGAUCUCGACAGGUUAAAGAAAUCGAUCCCACAUUGGCUUGGUGAACUUUUGUUGAAGAACCAAAUUCCUUUCAAGGACCAGGUCAAGAUCGCUUUCGUUCUGAAACCUUUUGAUGAUUCUUUGCCUCCUGUAGUCAAGCCCGAACCUACACCUCCUAACGGCGCACCACCAGGUAACUUAGCCAACAACAAUAACAAUGGCUCGCGUCUGAAUGCCAACCGCAUGCUUCGAGCGAAGAAGGUGCUUGCUUACGUUGCGGAACGGAUUGAUCCCGCUGAUCCAAACGAACCGGCGGAAUCUCUCAUGCCACCGGAAGAGUAUCUGGAGCUUUACUGCCAAAAGACGCUCUGUCCACCCAACAUGACGCUAGCAACAAUUCGGACGCAUCUCUGGCGCACCUCGGGAGACAUGGUUCUUUACUACAAGACGAAUGGCAAGAAAGAGAUUCACCCGCCCCCAUCCUUACUUGGUAUCGAUGAGAACAGUGUUUCUUUGAGUGAGCCUCAUGUCCCGAACGGUGAUGGUCAUGUCCCUGCUCCACCUGGAAGCAUCCACUCCAUGGCGAAUUCUGGAUCUGUUGCUGGAUCUGUUGCCACCUAG